CUCUUUUUCACCAUGAGAUUACCACUGCUCGGCCUGCUACUGGGCUUCGUCUCCUUGGUUGCAGCGGUUUCGACACAGGGGAGCAAAUUGCUAGUGGUGAUUGAGAACGAUGCGGACAAGAGCAAGUACUCGCAGUUCUGGAGCGACUUGGAAGGUAGAGGCUUCCAAAUAACGUACAAAGCGCCCAAAGACUCGUCUCUCUCACUCUUCGCUCACGGCGUUCCCGCGUACUCACACCUCCUCCUUCUCCCUGUCAAGUCCAAAGGUCUGGGACCUGCCUUGACCCCCAAUCUCCUCGUCGAUUUCGUCAAUCAGGGCUCCAAUGUCCUCCUCGCCCUCACCGCCGAGCAAGCCACUCCCUCCGCCGUCAGCAGUCUGCUCCUCGAAUUGGACAUCCACAUCCCAGCCGACAGGACGAGCGUUCUGGUCGACCACUUCAACUACGAUGUAGACACCUCGGCAGAGAAACACGAUGUCAUCUUGAUGAACAGUCCCAUUGCUCCAAAAGCUGGCGUUGCGAACUUCUUCGCUACUGAUGGACACAUCGCUUUCCCGCAUACAGUUGGACAAACUUUGGGCAAUGCCUCUCCAUUGUUGGCACCCAUUGUCAAGGCGCAUUCGCCGACAUACAGUUACAACCUCAAGGAGGAGGGCGACGGAGUCGAGGAUGUCUGGGCCACUGGCUGGCAGAUCAACCUCGUUUCGUCCUUCCAAGCUCGCAACAGCGCUCGCUUCACCGUUUUGGGAUCCGCCGAAGCACUGGAGGAUAAAUGGUUUGACGCGACCGUAUCAACACCCCGCAUGAAAGGCAAGCGAGAAAAGAGCGGGAAUCGCAACUUCGCGAAGAAACUUUCCGCGUGGACGUUCAAAGAGCUAGGCGUGUUGAAGGUCGGAAACAUCAAGCACUACCUCGCCGAGGGUACGCAGAAGAACAUCGCCAACACCAGCGAGGUGCCAUCCCUCGACCUCAACCCUUCCAUCUACCGCAUCAAGAACAACGUGCACUACGAGAUCGAAGUGAGCGAAUGGGAUAUGGAUCAAUGGGUGCCGUUCACCCCACCUGCCGAUGAUGAACUGCAGCUUGAGUUCAGCAUGCUCUCGCCUUUCCACCGCUUGAAUCUGCAAAGCAAGGGCCAAACUGCGGACGCCAGCAUCUACGCCGCGGAAUUCAAACUUCCCGAUCAGCAUGGCAUCUUCAACUUUUUCGUGGAGUAUCGCCGGCCAUUCUUUACGAAUCUGGAGGAGAAGCGCACAGUCACGGUCAGGCAUUUCGCUCACGAUGAGUGGCCGAGAAGUUUUGUCAUCUCUGGUGCGUGGCCGUGGAUUAGUGGGAUCUGGGUGACAGUUGCGGGGUGGUUGGUCUUUGUGGCUGUGUGGCUGUACAGCAAGCCAGCGGACGAGAAGGUGAAGACGAAGUGA